GAGGUUGUUGCGGGACUUUGGGGGAAGGUUCGACCAAUGGCUGACAUCAAACGAGGCGUCCACACCUCAGCGGUGGGAAGCCAAUAUGUCGAGGGGAGUCUUUACUACUAUGCUCCGAACAAGGCAGCUCCAAUCUUGUUCGGGAUCCUUUUUCUCAUCUCCUUUGUCUUCCACGUGCGCCAAACUUCCCGGUACAAGUCCUGGAAGAUCACAGUUAUGCUUCCCUGGUGCGCCCUUACUAUUGGCGCUGGCUACAUCCUCCGUGAAGUCGGAGCAUUCAAGUACAACAAUGUCAACAUCUACAUUGCAUCGAUGACGAUAAUCUACUCAGUGCCCCCCCUUUACGAAAUGUGCAACUACCAAAUCCUCAGCCGCCUCCUCUACUACGUCCCUUACCACUCCCCCUUGCACCCAGGUCGCAUCCUUACCACCCUCGGCGGCAUCUCCGCCAUUGUAGAGACAUUCAACGGCAACGGCGUCAGCUACUGGGCCAACAUCAAAGUCUCGCCCGGCAAACAACGCAUGGGCCUCGCGUUCCUCAAAGCCUCGCUCGUCAUCCAGCUUGUCAUGCUCUUCGGCUUCGUCUCUCUAAUCUGCUGGUUCCACUACAACUGUCAUAAAAAAGGUCCUUUCCCAAAACCUAUAAAAGACGUGCUAAUCACGCUCUACGCCUCCUCCGUGCUCAUCGGGAUCCGUGCAAUAUAUAGAACAGUGGAGUAUUACAGCGUCACGAUAUUUAUCUACAAACCCGACAUGGACCCCUCUUCCGCCUCGCCACUCAUCAAAUACGAAGCCUUCUUCUGGGUCUUCGAAGCACUUCUCAUGCUCACUAACUCGGUCCUCUGGAAUGUCCGUCACCCGAUGGAACACUUGCCGAGAGAUAGUAGAGUUUACCUGUCUGAGGAUGGAGUCACAGAGAUUACCGGGCCCGGGUAUGAGGAUUUGCGGUUCUUUGUUAUUGCCAUGGUGGAUCCGUUUGAUCUGAUUGGGUUGGCGAUGGGGAAGCAUAUCAGGAAAGAGUUUUGGAAGGAGGAGCACGGGAAGUCUAAGGGAGGGGAUGAGGAGAGUGGAGGUAAGGAGGAUGCUGAGAAGGCUGCCGGCGCGGGUGGGGAUGGGUUUGGUGUCGGAAAGGAAAAGGUCGUUAUAUCAGAGGAAAAAGAUAGUAGUUCCAGGCAGGUCUUGGAUGAGAGCAGGGCCGGGAAUUAAGGCUUUGUCAGUCAUAUAUCCCCAAGUCUGAUGUUCCUGAACGAUUUUUAAUAACAAUCCAGUGCAUCACUGGUUCCCCAUAUGUUUAUCCCGAAAAAUAUCGCUCAUUGCCG